CGAAAUUCAUAAGGGAAUUCAAAUUCACUCCACUACUUUGCCGAUUCUUUGGAGAAAGAGAUACCAUGCAAUUCCAGUAAUCUGAAACCUAAAAUGUAUCUAACUGAAGGAGCGAUAGAUGAUCUAGGCAUACAGAAGCAUUCGAUAGGAUCAAAUGACAUAUCGAAGAUUUGGUCCAUGUAUUUCCCAGAAACCGAGUUCCCUUCAAAUGAUCAGCGAUUAAAACUCAUAACCGACCUUUCUGAUUUCUUCUCUUCCACAAUCGGAGCAAAUCUUGUUUUUCAGGUAAAACAUGGUGAAGGACCUUUGUAUUUGCCGAUUGAUCUUCAACAGCUUCGAAAGAUAUGUAAUGUGGAAAGUUUUUAUAUAUUUUUAGAGGAUGAACCAAGACUAGCCCUCUCAUGUAUGGGUGCUUCCGUUCACAAGGUUUUGCUGCCUAAGGGAAUAGAAAGCGAGUCAGAGGAUGGUAUAAAGAUAAAUAUAAGGUUGCAUAAUUAUCCCGAGUCAGUGAUUGCUUUAAAGAACCUGAAAGCUGCCUACAUAGGCAAACUAGUGUCGGUUCGUGGAACUGUCGUCAAAGUAAGCACCGUCAGGCCUUUAGUCGUACAAAUGACAUUUGAAUGUCCAAAGUGUAGCUCAAAGAUUGCACGCACUUUCCCUGAUGGGAAGUUUACUCCGCCAGCCGUUUGUACUCUCCAAGGUUGUAAAAGCAGAAACUUUAAUCCAAUUAGGAGGACUGCCAUACAAAUGGAUUUUCAGAAAAUAAGGAUCCAGGAGCUGUUGAAAUCUGAAAAUCAUGAAGAAGGCAGGGUACCUCGAACUGUAGAAUGUGAGUUAAGUGAAGAUCUCGUUGAUGCUUGCCUACCAGGGGAUGUUGUGACUGUGACUGGAAUUGUAAAAGUAAUUAAUAACUACAUGGAUAUCGGAGGAGGGAAAUCAAAAAACAAGAACCAAGGUUUAUAUUAUUUAUAUCUAGAAGCUGUUUCGGUUACAAAUUCCAAAUCGCAACCGGCACGUGAUGCAAAAGAUACUAGUGGUGCAGUUAGAACUACAGAGCUGUCUGAUUUGUAUUCCUUUUCUCCAAGAGAUCUAGAAUUCAUUAUUAAGUUCUCGGAGGAGCAUGGGUCCGAUGUCUUUCGUCAAAUACUUCAAUCCAUCUGUCCCUCCAUUUAUGGGCAUGAGCUUGUGAAAGCGGGAAUAACACUGUCACUUUUUGGAGGCGUACGGAAGCAUGUGAUGGAUCAGAAUAAGGUACCUGUACGAGGAGACAUCCAUAUCAUUGUUGUAGGUGAUCCUGGAUUAGGGAAGAGUCAACUACUGCAAGCAGCUGCAGCAGUUUCUCCUAGAGGGAUUUAUCUGUGUGGUAAUGGAACAACAAAUGCUGGCCUAACUGUAGCUGUUGUAAAGGAUCAUAUGACAAGUGACUAUGCCUUUGAGGCUGGUGCCAUGGUACUUGCAGAUCGUGGGUUAUGUUGUAUCGACGAGUUCGAUAAAAUGUCUGCUGAACAUCAGGCACUUCUAGAAGCAAUGGAGCAACAGUGUGUCUCUGUUGCAAAGGCUGGAUUGGUAGCAAGUUUAUCGGCACGAACGUCUGUUUUAGCUGCCGCAAAUCCCGUUGGUGGUCACUAUAAUCGUGCAAAAACCGUCAACGAAAAUUUGAAAAUGAGUGCUGCCCUCCUUUCAAGAUUUGAUUUGGUCUUCAUUUUACUAGACAAACCGGAUGAAGCGUUGGAUAUGCGAUUGUCAGAGCACAUAAUGUCACUUCAUGCGGGAUAUGGAGAGCAUUUGCCUGCCCCGAAACGGCUCUGUAGAGGAUAUCCAGCUUCCAAAGGUGAUAGGGACACGGCUGCACAACAUGGUUCACUAGCUUCACGGCUGAGACUUGACCUCAGCAAAGACAAAGACUUUGUUCCCUUGCCAGGUCCGCUUCUUCGCAAAUAUAUUGCUUAUGCAAGGACUUUCAUAUUCCCCAAGAUGUCUAGACCUGCUGCAGAAAUUAUACAGAAGUUUUACUUGCGACUAAGAGACCAUAGUAAUUCCGCCGACGGUACACCAAUAACAGCAAGGCAGUUGGAGAGUCUCGUAAGGCUUGCAGAAGCGCGAGCAAGGUUAGAGUUAAGAGACGAAAUUACAGUUCAAGAUGCUUUGGACGUGGUUGAAAUAAUGAAUGAAUCCUUGUACGAUAAAUAUGUCGAUGAGAAUGGCCGUGUUGACUUUGGUCGAAGUGGUGGAAUGAGUAAACAGAAAGAAGCUAAACGGUUUUUAAGUGCUCUGAAUAAACAUUCAGAAUUGCAGCAAAAAGAUACCUUUUCAAUUUCUGAAAUAUACAGUUUGGCAGACAAAAUUGACUUGAAAGUUCCAGACAUCGACACAUUAGUGGAUAAUAUGAACACUGCUGGUUACCUACUAAAGAAAGGUCCGAAGAUGUAUCAGGUUUUGUCAUCAUCUUAUUCUCGGAGUCAGACCUCAUUAUCUAGGUGCUGAGGUCUUAUCACCUAAGUUUCAACAGCAUGAAGCCAGGGUCCUUACUUUUUCCAAGUUUCAACUAUCCCGUAGUUUGUGUAAGACCUUCGUGUAAUAGUGAGCAACUGUGGCAAGGAAAGUUAAGUUUUGUUGGUAUCGAAUUUUCAAGUACUGCACCAGAGGUGGUCUGUCUUUGCUUAUUAUCAUUUUGGCCGAGCUAUGCACAUUAAAUUAUUGGGUUGAAAUUGAGGAAGCCAUUGGUGGUUAUAGAAGAUAACAUUUGAGACUCUAGAUGACUAUGAAAGAAAAUAUAUCAGAUUUAUAUCGGUGUGUAUGGUAUGGAUUUUUCCAUCAAUA